GAUCUACUUCUUAUGCGUUCAGCUUUGCUAAUAAUGUACAAAGAUCUGGUCGUUUUUAGCGUAUAAAGUUAGCUUAUAGUGUUCUCUGCUGCUUAUCCUGACCCCAGUGGAUCAUACAAUACUUGUGUGCCGACUAUUUCAGUGUGGAGAAGUGUGCUCUGGGUCUGUGACUCUUCAAGAUUGGUGAUAAUUUGUCAGAGUUGUGGUGUACAGUAUAGAAACAGAGACAGUUGCAAGUAUGAGUGGCACUGGAGGUUCACAGAAGAAGGAGGGAAAGAUGAGAAUCAGAGCUUUCCCUGUACAAAUGGACCCAAAAUACGUAGAGGACAUACUCAGACUUCUUCGUAACGCCAUUAGGGAAAUACAAAAGAAGAACAACAGUGGUCUCAGCUUUGAAGAGCUGUAUCGUAAUGCGUACACACUGGUGCUGCACAAGCAAGGCAAGAGACUCUACACAACCCUCACUGAGGUCAUCAAGGAACACUUGUUCAACGAGGUAAGAGAGGCUGUGAUCAGCUCUCUGCAUGGAAACUUCCUGGAGGUGCUCAGUGUAGCGUGGAGUGAUCACCAGACUGCCAUGGUCAUGAUACGAGACAUCCUCAUGUACAUGGAUCGAGUGUAUGUGACACAGAAUGAGGAAGUGACCGUGUAUGAUCUAGGGCUGACACUGUUCCGUGAUGAGGUGGUCCAUCACUCGUUGGUCAAGGAGCACCUACAGAGCACUCUACUGGCCAUGGUGGCUCAGGAGAGGAAGGGGGAGAUUGUUGACAGAGGGUCUGUGAAGAACACAUGCAAGAUGCUCAUGGCUCUCGGUAUUGGAUCCAGAGAAAUAUACGAGGAGGACUUUGAGAAACCUCUGCUGAAGGAGUCUAGAGAGUUUUAUAGAAUUGAAAGUCAGAAGUUUCUUGAGAACAACAGUGCAUCUGUGUACAUCAGAAAGGUUGAGGCUAGAAUAGUGGAGGAGGCUGAGAGAGCAGAGCACUACCUGGACCCCAGCACAGAGAGCAGGAUCACCAAGGUUGUAGAGGAUGAGCUAAUCAAGAACCACAUGCACACCAUUGUGGAGAUGGAGAACUCUGGUGUAGUACACAUGCUCAAAACCAAUAAGACAGAUGACUUGCAGUGUAUGUACAAGUUGUUCCAGCGUGUGGAGGGUGGUCUGACGUGUGUAGUCCGCUGCAUGAGCUCACACCUCCGAGAGUCAGGACGCAGCAUUGUCACAGAGGAGCCCGGGGCAGACACACCGGGGAGAAAUGCCAUCUCUUAUAUCCAGAACCUGUUAGACCUCCAUGACCAGUACAUGGUAUUUCUAGAGCAAUCCUUCAACAAUGAUCAACUCUUCAAGCACGCCAUACAAUCAGAUUUCGAAUUCUUUGUGAACCUGAAUGAGAAGUCUCCCGAAUACCUGUCUCUGUUCAUUGAUGAGAUGCUCAAGAAGGGAGUCAAAGGACACUCUGAGCAGGAGGUGGAGACCAUCCUGGACAAGACUAUCCUGCUGUUCCGCUUCUUGCAAGACAAGGAUAUCUUUGAGCGUUAUUACAAACAACAUCUGGCUAAGAGAUUACUGCUCAACAAGACUGUGUCUGAUGACUUUGAGAAGAGUAUGAUUUCAAAACUAAAAACUGAGUGUGGGUGCCAGUUCACCAGUAAGCUGGAGGGAAUGUUCAAAGAUAUUUCAUUGUCCAACACCACCAUGGAGAAGUACAGAGAACACGUCCAGGCCUCCUCAAUCAGCAUGGAGGGCAUAGACCUGAGUGUCAGAGUCCUCACAACAGGUUACUGGCCGACCCAGUCCACCAAUGCCCCCUGUGUGGUGCCUGCCGUCGCUCAGAGAGCCUUUGAUUCAUUCAGACGCUUCUAUCUGGCCCAGCACAGUGGCAGACAACUCACUCUACAGACACACAUGGGCUCUGCUGAUUUGAAUGCUGUGUUCUACCCCUCAUCAAAAAAGGCAGAGGCUUCCUCCUCGGGUCCCACUGUAAAGAGACACAUCCUGCAAGUGUCCACACACCAAAUGUCUGUCUUAAUGCUCUUCAAUAAGAAGACUGCCAUAGCCUUUCAGGAUUUGCUCCAAGAGACCCAGAUUCCCCAGAAGGAGUUGACUCGUGCCAUUCAGUCACUGGCCAUGGGGAAAGCUCAACAGAGAGUAUUAGUCUGGAGGAACAAGAGAGUAGAUACUGGCUCCAAAGAGUUCAUUGCCACGGACCAGUUUGCAGUCAACGAUCAGUUCACGUCCAAGCUAACUAGGGUCAAAGUUCAAGGUGUGUCUGCCAAGGGAGAGUCUGAUCCAGAGAGAAAGGAGACCAAACAAAAGAUUGACGAUGACCGGAAGCAUGAAAUUGAAGCUGCUAUUGUUAGAAUAAUGAAAGCAAGGAAGAAGCUGUCCCAUAACCUUCUAGUAUCUGAGUGUGUUCAGCAGCUACGAAACAGAUUCAAUCCCAACCCUGUGGUCAUUAAGAAGAGGAUGGAGAGCCUGAUUGAGAGGGACUAUCUGGCUCGAGCACAGGAGGACAGGAAGGUGUACACGUACGUAGCGUGAGAUCCAGCUGCCACCAAUUCUUAUUCAUGACAGAGGACCUGUGUAGUGUGCUUGCUUGUGUUACUAGUGUUCAGUUCGUCUGUUUAGUUUUUGUCCUGUAUGUUGUUGUUAUGUUCGCACUCAUUUUCACUGCAUUAUAACAAUUUGGCUUGAUAUACAUGAAAUCGGAUGAUUGUGUUCUUACCUGG